CGUUGUGCCUUGUUAUGCUCACUCAAGGCACAUGGUUGUACAUCACACUCAGAUCUAUAUGGGAAUAUUUACUAAUUUAACGAUCUAAUACUUCAACCUGAAACCUGAAACUGAGGCAUAUUUAAGAAAAACAACAAUGUCGCAGGUUCAAGCGAGGUUUUUCACCGAAAACAAAAAAUUUGCUGUAGAUGACGUGCCUUUCUCCAUCCCGGCUACAUCAGAGGUCACACACCUGAGCGAUGUUAUUAACAAACUGCUGGAGGCCCGAAAUGCGGAUCACAAACAUGUGGAGUUUGACUUCCUGGUUCGAAGUCAGUUCCUGCGCUCCACACUGGCCACUCACAUGGAGGCAGAGAACAUCUCAACGGAAGAAGUUGUGGAAAUCGAGUACGUAGAGAAAUUCACUGCACCGCAGCCAGAGGAGUGUAUCAUGCACGACGACUGGAUCAGCUCAGUGGAGGCAGACUCGGAAUGGAUUCUCACAGGGUCGUAUGAUAAGACAGCACGGAUUUGGUCUCUCGAAGGGAAGGCGAUGAUGACCGUUGCUGGACACACAGAUGUAGUGAAGGAUGUGGCCUGGAUAAAAAGAGAGGGACUGACAUCGCUGCUGCUUACCUCCUCGCUGGACCAGACGGUGCUGCUGUGGGAGUGGAACUCGGAGAGGAACAAACUGAAGGCUCGUCACUGCUGCCGUGGACAUGCUGGGAGCGUGGACACCAUCUCUGUCGACCCUACGCGCACUAAGUUUUGCAGUGGAUCUUGGGACAGAAUGCUGAAGCUCUGGUCAGCAGUUCCAACAGAAGAGGAGGACGAGGUGGAGGAACCCAACAGACCACGGAAAAAACAGAAGACUGAGCAGCUGGGACUGACGAAGACUCCUCUGAUGACUCUGUCUGGCCACACGGAGGCUGUGUCCAGUGUCCUGUGGACGGACGCGGAGGAGCUGUGCAGUGCAUCAUGGGACCACACCAUUCGGCUUUGGGACGCUGAGACAGGAGGACAGAAAAGUGCUCUGACGGGCAGUAAGGUGUUUAACUGCGUCUCGUACUCGCCGCUGUGUCGCCGUCUGGCCUCAGGGAGCACAGACAGACACGUUCGUCUGUGGGACCCGCGCUCUAAAGAUGGUUCUCUGGUUCUGAUCUCUCUGACAUCACACACCGGUUGGGUAACAACAGUCAGGUGGUCUCCUUCUCACGAGCAGCAGCUCAUCUCUGGCUCACUGGACAACAUGGUCAAACUUUGGGACACCAGGAGUUGUAAAGCUCCUCUGUAUGAUCUGGCAGCUCAUGAGGACAAAGUGCUAUGUGCUGAUUGGACGGACAGUGGGCUGAUUUUAAGCGGCGGCGCCGACAACAAGCUCUACACGUUCAGAUACUCGGGGUGUGUGCGUGACGCUGGGGCAUAAAGUUCCAUCUCCGUCUCACCUCCUCGUAUCUGGACUCAGUCACCGGUGGAUUUACAAUGUUUUAUUGCUCCUCUUUUACAUUUUACAUACCCAGAGUUUGCUCCGCUUCUGUAUGAUCUUUUGUUCUCUGUAUUCUAAUUAAAUGUAAAGAAAACUUCACCUGAUUGAAUACAGAUUUAUUGACACCACAAACCAUCUCUUUGUUAUUCAUUUGUCAUUUAUAUACAGUAUUAUAUAUUUGUAACAAAUAGAGUUGAGUGCAAAAGUUUGUACACCCACAGAACACAACUUCACAGCUAGAUGUAUAAUGUGAUAAUGUUUUUCUUCACAACUUACAGAAAUGGUCAAAAUGUGUAUUAUAUUAAUAGUAAAAACUAUUUCAAAUGUGAUCUAAAUGUCAAUGUGAAUACUUGUUCACUCCUCGCCUUUAGAAAAUGCUUCCGAUAUCGACCGUAUCCUCAAAACAGCAACUAAUUUCCUUUUGUUGGAUGUUUUUGUUUGUUUGUUUGUUUGUUUGUUUUGUUUUUUAAUAAAUCCUGCCUUUCAAAAAUAAAACUCAAUACAUCACUUGUCGCA